GAAGGGAGGCAGGAGCUGUGCGCGCUCGCUCGCAUCGCCCAACAUUGGCAAGGAUGUCGAGCAGCCCGUGAGCCCAGGCAUCCUACUGGCCCUGGUCAGCACGGAGCCGGGGGGCUGGCUGGCUCCGAGUCGGUGGCCCCCGCCGGGCCGCCCGCCCGCCGUUUUGCACUGAGCCCGGUCGGGAGGCAGCGCCAGGCUGCUGGACUCCGCUCCGGGUUUUCCCGCGCGCCGCCGCUUGUUGUCUUUGGGAGGCUGUGCUUCUCUCUCCCUCUCCUGGUGUCUGGGUUGAAAGCAAAAGCGACUGGGUCACACAGAGGCAUGUGGAGGUGGCUGCGACCGAGGAGCGGCAGCUAAGCAGGGCGGCUGGUGGAUGUGCCGCGGAGGGGCCCGGGGUGCGCAGCCCGCCGCGCCGAGGCAGGGAGCUGCCGCCGCAGCCGCUUCCUCCAGUCGGGAUCCUUCUCCGGCCCGGGCAAUGCCGCCGUUGCUGCUGCUCCUCUUCUCGCCCGCACCACUGCCUGGCCCAGCAGCGGCGCUGCAGUGAAGCGGGGGCCUCCUUUUGUUCGCCAAGUGCAUAUCUCUCUCUCUCUCUCUCUCUCUCUCUCUCUCUCUCUCCUCUGGCCCCCUUCUUUUCUUUCUCUCUUCCCCUCUCCUCCUCCUCCUUCCUUCCUCUUCCUCCCCCCUCCCUCCUCCAUGGGCAUUGCAUGUGGGAUUGAACGCAGUAGCAGCAGCAGCAGCCCCCUCUUCCUUUCCUGCGUGCCCUGGAGAAGCAGUUCGAGGUCCGCCGGGGUCAGACUGAAACAGCUGCUGUGAUUGCAGGCUGGUUGCCUUGGCCCCGCAUCUCCAGGAAUUCUCCUCCUCCUUGUUGUUCUUUGCCGAGCGGAAAGUCCAAGGCUGGCUGGGAGCCUUUUUAAAACGCUGGGGUUGUUGGAGUGGUCGAAUUUUUCCUGGAAUUGAGUGAGAAAUUCAGAAGACUGAAGCCCAGGCUCACUGUCUACCUUUCACGGAGGCCCAGCCGUGAGAGGACAGAAGAAGGCACCUGGCGAAUCAUGACAGCAGACAAAGAGAAGGACAAAGAGAAAGACAAGGACCGGGACCGGGACAGAGACCGAGAGCGGGACAAGCGGGAGAAGGCACGGGAGAGCGAGAACUCGCGGCCCCGUCGGAGCUGCACCCUGGAAGGCGGAGCCAAGAAUUACGCAGAGAGCGACCACAGUGAGGACGAGGACAAUGACAACAACAGCGCCACCACAGAGGAGUCCACAAAGAAGAACAAGAAGAAACCCCCCAAGAAGAAAUCUCGCUAUGAGAGGACGGACAACGGAGAAAUCACCUCUUUCAUCACAGAGGAUGAUGUGGUCUACAGACCUGGAGAUUGCGUGUAUAUUGAGAGUCGGCGACCAAACACUCCAUACUUCAUCUGUAGCAUUCAAGACUUCAAAUUGCUCAGUGGUAGAGCACCCGCUCCGCGUGUAGGUGAUCCCAGAUUGAAUCUCCAGCAUCUGCAGAGUAAACGGGACCACCUUCUCAUGAACGUCAAAUGGUACUACCGCCAGUCUGAAGUUCCAGAUUCUGUGUACCAGCAUUUAGUUCAGGACCGACAUAAUGAAAAUGAUUCUGGGCGUGAGCUGGUUAUUACCGACCCAGUGAUCAAGAACAGAGAGCUUUUCAUUUCGGACUAUGUUGACACCUAUCAUGCUGCUGCCCUCAGGGGAAAGUGUAAUAUCUCCCAUUUCUCUGACAUAUUUGCUGCUAGAGAAUUUAAAGCCCGGGUGGAUUCCUUUUUCUACAUUCUGGGCUACAAUCCAGAGACAAGGCGGUUGAACAGCACACAGGGUGAAAUCCGGGUUGGGCCUAGUCAUCAGGCAAAACUCCCAGAGCUGCAGCCGUUCCCUUCCGGAGACAGUGACACAGUGACGCAGCACGAGGAGCUUGUGUGGAUGCCUGGGGUCAAUGACUGCGACCUGCUCAUGUACCUGAGGGCGGCACGGAGCAUGGCAGCUUUUGCUGGGAUGUGUGACGGAGGAUCCACGGAAGACGGGUGUGUCGCAGCCUCCCGCGAUGACACUACUCUCAACGCACUCAACACACUACAUGAAAGCAAUUACGAUGCUGGCAAAGCCCUCCAGCGCCUGGUGAAGAAGCCUGUGCCCAAACUCAUUGAGAAGUGCUGGACGGAAGACGAAGUGAAACGCUUCAUUAAAGGGCUCAGACAGUAUGGGAAGAACUUCUUCAGGAUCCGAAAAGAGCUGCUUCCCAAUAAGGAAACAGGAGAAUUGAUCACCUUCUAUUACUACUGGAAGAAAACCCCCGAAGCGGCCAGUUCCCGGGCUCACCGCAGGCAUCGGAGGCAAGCCGUGUUCCGGAGAAUUAAAACCCGAACGGCUUCCACUCCAGUGAAUGCUCCCUCCAGGCCCCCCUCCAGCGAAUUCUUGCACUUAGUGGAUCUGAGUUCAGCCAGUGAAGAUGACUUUGACAGCGAGGACAGCGAGCAAGAGUUGAAAGGCUACGCCUGCCGCCACUGCUUCACCACCACCUCCAAGGACUGGCACCACGGCGGGCGGGAGAACAUCUUGCUGUGCACUGACUGCCGCAUCCACUUCAAGAAGUACGGGGAGCUUCCCCCCAUCGAGAAGCCGGUGGACCCGCCACCCUUUAUGUUUAAGCCUGUCAAAGAGGAAGAUGAUGGGCUCAGCGGGAAGCAUAGCAUGAGGACAAGGCGGAGUCGAGGCUCGCAGAUGUCGACACUACGCAGCGGUCGCAAAAAGCAGCCAACCAGCCCUGAUGGUAGAGCCUCCCCCAUCAACGAAGACAUCCGGUCCAGCGGCCGCAACUCCCCCAGCGCUGCCAGCACUUCAAGCAAUGACAGCAAGGCGGAUUCGGUGAAGAAGUCCACCAAGCAGCAGAAGAUAAAAGAGGAGGCAUCGUCUCCUCUCAAGAGUUCCAAGAGACAGAGAGAAAAGGCAGCAUCUGACACCGAGGAGCCCGACCGAAUCAACGCCAAGAAAACCAAAACACAGGAGAUCAGCCGGCCCAACUCCCCGUCCGAAGGUGAGGGAGAGAGCUCUGACAGCCGCAGUGUGAAUGACGAGGGCAGCAGCGAUCCGAAGGACAUCGACCAAGAUAACCGGAGCACCUCGCCCAGCAUCCCCAGCCCCCAGGACAAUGAGAGCGACUCGGAUUCGUCCGCCCAGCAGCAAGUCUUGCAGGCGUCCAAUGGCCUGGCCCAGCCCACACCCGCCUCCAUCCCUGUCUCAGCGCAGCUGCCACUGCCAGCCACCUCUGGCCUCCCCUCUUCGGUGCCUCCCCACAUCUCCCCAUCUGUCUCCCAGUCAGGUAGCAGCCAGCCUCAGACCCCGGUGCCCCCUCACUCUCACAUCCAGCAGGCCCCUUCGCUGCACCCACAGAGGCUGCCGUCUCCUCACCCGCCGCUGCAGCCCCUGACUGUGCCCUCCAGCCAGCCGCAGCCUCCUGCCGUCCCCCAGCCCCACCCGCAGCCUCCGCUCCACAGCCAGAUCCAGCCUCUCCCUCACAACCUCCAGGCGCAGCCCAUCCUGCCUCACCCGGUCCCCGCCCAACCGUUCCCCCUCGCGCCGCAGCCUCCCCCGCUGCCUUCGUCCUCGUCUCAGUCUCAGGUCUCCCUGCAGCCGCAGGCUGUGCCCCACCCCCAUGCAGCACUCCAAGUCCCGUCGGUGCAGCCCCCCUUGCAGGCGCCGUCUCCGCUGCAGCAGCAGCCCCCGCCGCCACGAGAGCAGCCCCUCCUCCCGGCCCCUCUGACCAUGCCCCACAUCAAGCCGCCUCCCACCACCCCCAUCCCUCAGCUCCCCAUGCCGCCGUCCCACAAGCAUCUCGCGGGGCCCUCGCCGUUCUCCAUGAACUCCAACCUCCCGCCGCCGCCAGCCUUGAAGCCGCUCAGCUCCCUCUCCACACACCACCCGCCCUCGGCCCACCCUCCUCCCUUGCAGCUGAUGCCCCAGAGCCAGCCGCUGCAGCCUUCCCCGGCGCAGCCCCCUGUCCUGACGCAAAGCCAGGGCCUCCCUCCCUCCGCCAGCCACUCCUCCUCCAGCCUCCACCAGGUACCUCCCCAGCCCCCUUUCCCCCAGCACCCGUUUGUCCCCGGGGGGCCGCCACCCAUCACGCCUCCCUCCUGCCCGUCGACCUCCACGCCACCUUCCGUGCCCAGCGCCCCUCCUCAGGCAACGGGCUCCACGUCGGCAGCCUGCGCUGGGAACGUCCCCGUGGUGACGCCCUGCACGAUGCCACCCAUCCAGAUCAAGGAAGAGGCUCCGGAUGAAGCGGAGGAGCCGGAAAGCCCACCUCCCCCGCCCCGGAGCCCAUCGCCAGCGCCGACAGUGGUGGACACGCCAAGCCACGCCAGCGAGUCAGCUAGGUUUUACAAGCACCUGGACCGCGGCUACAACUCCUGUGCGAGGACAGACCUGUACUUCACGCCGCUGGCAGGUUCCAAGCUGGCCAAGAAGCGCGAGGAGGCCAUUGAGAAGGCCAAGAGGGAGGCGGAGCAGAAGGCAAGAGAAGAGAGGGAGCGGGAGAAAGAGAAGGAAAAGGAGAGGGAGAGAGAGCGUGAGCGUGAGAGAGAAGCUGAAAGAGCGGCGCAGAAAUCAUCCAGCUCGUCGCACGAAGGACGUCUUGGAGAAUCCCAGCUGAGUGGCCCAACUCACAUGAGGCCGUCGUUCGAACCUCCUCCCACCACCAUCGCCGCCGUCCCCCCGUACAUUGGACCCGACACGCCGGCGCUACGGACUCUCAGCGAGUAUGCGCGGCCUCACGUCAUGUCCCCCACCAACCGCAACCACCCCUUCUUCGUGCCCCUCAACCCCACCGACCCUCUGCUGGCCUACCACAUGCCCGGCCUGUACAACGUGGACCCCACCAUCCGGGAGAGGGAGCUUCGGGAGAGGGAGCUCCGGGAGAGGGAGCUGCGGGAGAGGGAGCUGCGGGAACGGAUGAAGCCGGGCUUCGAGGUGAAGCCGCCGGAACUCGAUGCGCUUCACCCCGCUACCAACCCCAUGGAGCACUUUGCCCGCCACGGCGCCCUCACGCUCCCCCCCACGGCGGGCCCGCACCCGUUUGCAUCCUUCCACCCGGGCUUGAACCCCCUGGAGCGGGAGAGACUCGCUCUGGCAGGCCCCCAGCUGCGGCCUGAAAUGAGCUACCCGGACAGACUGGCCGCCGAGAGAAUACAUGCGGAGCGAAUGGCAUCACUCACCAACGACCCCUUGGCCCGGCUGCAGAUGUUCAACGUCACCCCGCAUCAUCACCAACAUUCGCACAUACACUCGCAUCUACACCUCCAUCAACAGGACCCGCUGCAUCAAGACUGUUUGGCCACCCGAUGUCACUGCGAACACUCCAGACAGAGAAGCUCGGCAGGACCUGUCCAUCCCCUCGUGGACCCCUUGGCAGCCGGGCCUCAUUUGGCGCGCUUCCCUUAUCCUCCCGGCACUAUCCCAAACCCGUUGCUAGGGCAACCGCCCCACGAACACGAAAUGCUCCGGCACCCGGUCUUUGGUACCCCCUACCCACGUGACCUCCCUGGCGGCAUCCCUCCUCCCAUGUCAGCAGCCCACCAGUUACAGGCCAUGCAUGCUCAGUCAGCAGAGCUUCAGAGACUAGCCAUGGAGCAGCAGUGGCUGCAUGGGCACCCCCACAUGCACGGGGGCCACCUCCCCAGCCAAGAAGACUAUUACAGCCGACUGAAGAAAGAAAGUGACAAGCAGUUGUAAUAAAUUAUUUAUUUGUAAUUCUGGCUGCAGAAGAUCCCAGUCCUUGGGAAGAAAUGGAAUGUGUUUAUCCACACACACACACACACACACACACUGCGAAAAACAAGAGAAUUUUAUCUUUUCAAGAUACCUUUCUCUAUUUAAAAUGAAAAAAGGAGAAAAAACAAAUAAGGAAGCCCAACCUAUAGAGACUUUUAAAAUCAGCACAUAUAUUAUAGAAUUCAUUUGUAGAGAAGAUUUUUCCAAGACCAGUUUCAGGAGUCUCCUUGCAUGAUAAAACCUGUUAAGAAGCCUAUUGAGAGAGAAACAACCCCCUCAGAACUGGAUGGAAGUAUUCAGAGGAAAUUCCUUGGGCAUUCUUGGGGUUGUUUGAGGGGGUGGGUUGGGUUCGUUUUUUCAUUUUUUUCAUUUUGAGUAGGUGCUAGAAUCAGGUUCACAACUUAAUGCAAGCCACUGUGCAUACAAAGAAAUACACUCAAUUUAUAUAUAAAUAUAUAAAUAUAUAUAUACACUUUAAAAACAAAAACAAAAAAAAACAAGAAUGGCAAGUAGGUGGCAUAACACCCUCUGAAAAUCCAAGUGCUAUAACAAGAAUUUUAAAAGAAAAAAAAUCUACUUUUAUUUUAAUACAUUGUAGGAAAACUUCAUAAUUUUAAAGAGAGCUUUGCAGCAUGGCUUUUUAAGUCUGUAAAUAAUUUUUUUGGGUUAGGGUUUAAAAAAAAUUAUAAUAAUCUCCACAAACUCCUGGUAUCUUUCUUUCUUUCUUUCUUUCUUUCUUUCUUUCUUUCUUUCUUUCUUUCUUUCUCUCCUUCCAUCUCCUCCUCUCUCUUCCUCUUGUUCUCUCUCUUCAGUAACAUCACAAAACCGUUACUUCUUACCUGAUGUUGACAAGAAUACAGAGUUGAUUUUUUAAUAUAAGAGGAAUAUAUAUAAUUAUCCCUUUAAUUAAAGGGAAGAUGACAUGGGGGGAGGGGUCAGUAAUUUCAAAAUGGUCGAGAGCUUGACUUGACGGUUUGGUAGCAACAUGAGCAUUAAAGAGAGUUGCAGGGAUAAUGUGUUUUUUUCUAAAAACAACAACCAAGAACACACAACUCUUUUUCUUUUUGUGUGUGUGCGUGUGCGCUGUUCAUUUUAAUUUAAUUCAUUCGUUCCAUGAACAUUCUAAAUCGCUUUUCAUUCUCAUAGGUUUAUUUUUGACAUAACUCAGUUCCUCAGCCGGUGAACAAGACCGCAUAUUCCUGCACUGGUUCUGUCGAAAAGCCGUCACGUUUUCCACCAGCGCAAGAGUUUUUUUGAAGCAGAAGUUGGAAAGGUAGCAUUUUUCAAGAAAUGGGCUCUUGAAUUGUCAGGCUACCCCCGGGUCUCUCCUUUCCUCCACAAACAUAGCAUUAAACUGAAACUGUUUCCUAAAAAUGCAGGCACACACACACACAGAGAGUCUACCAAUUAAGACAACAAUAAUGCGGUGACGUUUCUUUGGCCACAAGCCCCACAAGGCGUUCAAUUCAAGAGGAAAUUCUCCUUCUCCAUCUCAGGAUGUGCACCAUGCAUACCCACUGUGUGCCUGGGAACCCUUCCAGCAUCGAAGCCCCACACCAGUCAUGAGAGCUGCUGAUAUGGGGCAGACUGUCCUUUAGAUAGCAUGAAGUUUACAUGCAAACCAUUUCCCUUCAAGUAAUAUCUAUAGAUAUGUUUUAAAACUUAUUUGAAUAGUGCCGAAUCGAAACUUCCCAUCCCUGACAAGUUACACACUUUGAAAGAAAAGGGACAGCCAGAGGGGCUGCUUCAGAGCUGUGCGUUUUCGAAAUUGCCCCCACGAACGCAAAGCUUAAAUUUCACUCUUAAAAGCUCGGUCCAAUAUUAGCAGGUUUGUGUUGUUUUUGUGUGUGUGCUUUGCUGGGCACAGAAGGGGAUUUGCACCUGGUCUUACCUCAAGGGCACAAUUGACCAGGGCGGUCUCACUCUUCCCCCCCUCACCCCCAGUCCAUGGCAGCAGAGUAAAUUUCUUCCCCCCAAAAAUCCCCAUCUUGAAUGCUCUUUUGGGAAACAGUGGAGUGAGAAUAAGACUCAAUAAAUGUGCCUCGGGCAGCCUUUUUCCUGCCUGCUGUUAAAACGAGUUAUCCUUGUUUUGUAAAAAAAUGUUCACAUCCUCCAAUGCACGAGGCAGGGAAACUCUGAAGGCUUACAGUGGGGUUGACCAUCUUCUGUCAGAAGCUGUCAAUGUCUCAAGGACAUGACAACUGCAUGAAUCCUAUUUUUUAAUUCCCUUCCAAUUGCUAGUUUAAUUACACUUUUUUUAAAAAAAAUAAUUAGUUGGAUUAGUGCAGGAAUCUGCAGGGCUGUGUGAUAACACAUUUUCCUGUUAGUUGCAUUCAUAAUAACAUUUCCUGGUUCUUGUUCCUUUUGGAAGGCUGCUUCAUUUGCUGUGAAGACUGUUAUUUGUGGUGGUAGGAGUCCAUUGGGCCUGAUCAGAUAACCCCGUAGCUAAUUGUUCAGCGGUCUCUUAAACAAUGCAUACAGCAGGUGGAAUUUUAAUCCAGCCUAACAGAAAUUUGGGUUCCUCCUACCUUGGUCCAGAGAGCGGAGCUUUCCCAAUGCUCCCUGACUCCUACUCCUUCUUCCCAAACCAUCCUUCUUUACCAUUCGUUUCCUUACUGACAGCCCACGCCUCUUGUCUCUGUGCAGUGGCAAAUAGCUGGUGGUUAUUAAGCCAUCCACCUGCCUUACAGCCCCUCCAGGUGGUUCUGAAGUUAGCCUAACUGCGGACCAUAUUUUGGUCACACAAGCCACAUGGGGUGUCCUCAGAAUUGUCACGGUCACCUCUUCUCAGGUCAGUUUCUGAACCGCCUAGAGCUGAAGCCCUGAACUGAGCAUCAGGAAACUCUAAAUUCAUGGUGCUAAAUGUCCAGCAAGAUGCAACCUAACAAGACAGAGUCAUUGCUUGAAAGCCUAGCUGGCAUCUCAUGUUUUAACACUGUCAUCUGGAAUGGAAUAAACUUCUCAUAAUGAUCUGUCUUAACAGGCAGGACAUCCCCAGCUGCUUAUUAUCAGUCCUCCUCUGUCUUGCCUUGUCUUUUUGAAGACAGUUUUUAACUGUCCUCGACUCUCACUGAAAACAGAACCAGCCGUAUUGGUGAGGGUGGCGAUAAUCCCCUCUCCCUGGUCCCCUGGCAGAACUGAAAUUUCAGUACCUUCAGGAGACACUUAGCAUGGAUGUUGCAGACCAUCCUCCUCUGACUUGGUGCUCUCCUGGUGUUUUGGACUACAACUCCCAUCAGCCACACCCAGUGGGCUGAUGGGAGUUGUAGUCCGAAACAUCUGCAACUCGCCAGUCUAGGAAAGACAGACAUGUACCAGUUUAUUACGCCUUUCCCUCUGCAGUUUACAUGCAAUUCAUUGUGCUUCCUCAUAAGCUCUUAACCUUUUGGGUUUCUUUUUUAUGCUUACGUUAACAGUAUGAAUCAUUCCACAAUGGUGGGGGAGCCCAGAGGUUCUUUGUCCUCGGAUCUAAAUGAUUAGCUACAGUGUUAUUUGCCCUGACUCUCCCAAGACCACCAUGCUCUGUUAGAAUCUCCCAACUUUUUACAGUUACCUUUUCAGAAAAAAAAAACUUUUUUAAAGCAAGAUUUUAUUUUUUGCUUUGAACUUCAAAAAUUCAUUUUAUUUUAUUUUGCUUUUUGUGUGUGCGUGCGUGUGUGAUUUUACUUUAUUUUUUUCAAAAUCAAACCGUCUCUUGUUCUGUGUCGUCCUGGUUUGAGCUAGUUUCACUGCACCGUUUAAAAGCAGAAUAUACAUUCUGACAGCUACAUUUAUAUAUAUAUAUAUAUCUUGAGGCUUAGUGUAUAUAUGAGUAGAUUUACCAUGGGAUAACACAGUGUAAAACAGAGUAGAAAACCCAGAAAUCGUGACUUCUGUGUUCUCUCCAUUUGAGUAUUUUGUAAUUUUUUUGAAAUAUUUGUGGACAUAAAUAAAAACCAAGCUACACUA